AGGCUCCUUUCUUCAGGAGAUCAGACGUAGAUCUGUCCAGAGGAAGGGCCACAGCUGUUGGAAAGUUCAGGAGGCUACAAGAUGAACACCAACGUGUCCCUCUUCAUGAACAUGUCCGCACCAAACGUCAUGAAUGUGUCUGGGAGUACUCAGUCUGUAUCUGCUGGCUACAUUAUUCUGGAAGUCUUCUCAUAUUUGAUCUUUGCAGUCACCUUUGUCCUUGGAGUGCUGGGCAAUGGGCUCGUGAUCUGGGUGGCCGGUUUCCGCAUGCAACACACCGUCACCACCAUCUCUUACUUGAACUUGGCCGUUGCUGACUUUUGCUUCACCUCCGUUUUGCCAUUUCAUAUCGCCAGCACAGCCAUGGGGGGACAGUGGCCAUUUGGUUGGUUCAUGUGCAAGUUCAUAUACACUGUAACAGACAUAAACCUAUUUGGAAGUGUCUUCCUCAUUGCCCUCAUAGCAUUGGACCGCUGUAUCUGUGUCCUGCAUCCGGUCUGGGCUCAGAACCACCGCACCGUGAGCCUGGCCAAAAGGGUAAUCAUUGUACCCUGGAUUUGUGCAUUUCUCCUUACCUUGCCUAUUAUCAUUCGUGUGACCACAGUCCCUAAUAGACUUGGACCAGGGAAAACAGCCUGUGCUUUAGACUUCUCCCCCUGGACCAAAGAUCCUGUAGAAAGGGAGAAAGUGGCCAUCACCAUGUUUACUCUCAGAGGAAUCAUCAGGUUCGUCAUUGGGUUCGGUACUCCUAUGUCCAUUGUCGCCAUUUGCUAUGGCUUAAUAGCCACUAAAAUCCACAGGCAGGGCCUGAUCAAAUCCAGCCGUCCCUUGCGGGUUCUCUCUUUCGUUGUGGCUGCCUUUUUCCUCUGCUGGUGCCCAUUUCAAGUCGUGGCUCUCAUCGCCACAAUCCAAAUCCGUGAACGGUUGAAGAACAUGGCUCAAAACAUUGUAAUUGCUUUGAAAAUCACGAGCCCCUUGGCUUUCUUCAACAGUUGCCUAAACCCAAUACUUUAUGUCUUCAUGGGCCAGGACUUCAGAGAAAGACUAAUCCACUCUCUACCUGCCAGUCUAGAGAGGGCCCUGAGUGAGGACUUAGCUCAGACCAGUGAUACCGGCACCAACUUGGGGACCAACUCUACUUCCCUUUCUGAAAACACUGCAAAUGCAAUUUAAAGAGAGGGCUCUAACGCCCAGCUUCACCUGCUUUGAGUUCCACUGUGCUAUAGGCAUUUCCUGUUGACCUUCAGGCUACAUUCACAUUCGAAAAACUUGAAAUGAACUUUUAGACUUUUGUACCUCAACCUAGGAUGGUCAAUAAAAAAAAAAAAA